GGAAGCUUUGCUCCGCUUCUCGUCUGCUAAUAAGCUAGCAUUAGGUCGUUACCUUGACGUUACUUGAUUAUCUUACAGCGGUAAAAUGUAUACAGUUGAGUACACUGUAGUUUCUGGAUGUAUCCAAGCUCUGCCGUCGCUGCCCCCGAGUAUUUCUAAGGAAAAUGGGAUACGCUGAGUGCAACAUUAUCAUGGAAUCGAGAAUCGGGAGUGUAUCAUCUGGACUGGGAUGCAGCCCUGGUAUGAAAGGACAGACUUUGAAAAGUAGCCCUUUCUGCCCUCGCUCCUCCAGCAAGCUGACACAGUCCAUCAUUAAAGACCACAUGGUGUCUCACUACAAAAAGGUUUACUCAGCUAAAGCUGCCAUUGAUGCCUCAGUACCCAAAAGCUUGGUACAUAGUGUUAAGUACAAUGACCAGAUCAGACAGGAGCGUUUGAGGAAAGGAGGUCGUCCUCAGUCAGCCCACUCUCUCUCACAGAGGAAUAGCAGAGCCUCCUGCUCCAUAGCCCAGAGUAGAUUAUCUGUGCAGUAUGAUGACAGUCGCUACCUCUGCUCAAGGAGUUCCACUGUCUCCAGCCCAAGGUUCAGUACUUCCUUUCAUGCCAAGGAGACAGUUUAUCCAUCGUUUAAAGUCGGCUCACAAAACCAGUUUCAACACGGCCGCCCAGCAUCAGAAAUAAAGUACCAGAGCCCAGAGGUGACUUCACACAGAAAGCAGUCAGCGUGUUCACUGGCAGCUUUGGGAGAGCAGAGUUGCUACAAGACUUUCCAGGACCCUGUUCAGAAGACGUACAGCGGAGACUUACUCCAGAAACAUUCACAGCACUUUACCCAAGACAAACCUUUCAUCCCUAAGACCCUGAAGUCAGAUAAGAGUUCGUACCUGUCAGGUUAUCGCUACUACAGAGCACCAAGGAGGAAACCUACUCAGGAUUGCACUCAGUCAAGAUUGAUGCGACAGGAGACAUAUCAUGAAAGCACAAAAACCAAGGAGUGCACCCAGGAAUUGUAUGAGCCAUCUCAGGGAUUUAGCACAGAGCACGAGUGGUCUGAGGAUGACCUCAAUGACACGUAUUUCCCAGCAUCUAGACAACAGAGUCGAGCAAACAAGAGCAGAGACCGUGAUUUCUUUGACUUCUUAUCCAGGGUCUCACCACACGGCGGGAAAUCUCCCAUUAUGAAGAAUGUAUCUGCAGAGGAGGAAGAAUUGAAGUACCUCGAAUUCAUUUCUGCUGUAACAGAGGACAUCUUGUCCAGGGGGCACAUUUCUGACAGGGUCUUAGACCAGGUGAUAAAGCGCCAUAUUGACAUGAAUCAGCAUCAACUUGAUGAGGGUAAAAUGCGCCACCUUCUGGAAGUCCUGCGUAAAGAUUUUGAAGAGCCAACCAACAUUUCCACCUGCAGCGCAGAGCUUGAAAAAAAGGAGAAUGGUCUGCUUGAUGCAUUCCUACUACAUAAAGAAUCAGAGGGGACCCAAUUGAAGCCCAAAGAAAACAAUGACUCCUUCCCUUAUGCAUCACUAAUUAAAUACUGCGAUUCACCAGAUAAUGCUGAUCCUUUGUUGGUGUCUACACCCUUAGGCUCUCCUGAAAGGACUGCCUCAGCAACUAAAACAAAUGAAAAGGACGGAGAAGAUGACAAUCUGGAAAAGGGCAUUAGCUCUCCUUGGCUCAGUGAGCAUGUUUCCGAUAAUAUAGGAAUCGGUGAAGGGGAUUUCCAUCAAAAUCAAAUAAGCACAACUGUGACCAGUGAAGUCAGCAAUGAAAACCAUGAGUACACCACUAUAACCAGUGACAGAGGAUUUCAUCAAGACCAAGCUGAGGUCAGUUAUGAUGGACAGUCUAAAGAGCUUGAGGAUCUGGGGAGAAGUCUGUCACAGUCGCUUCAUGUGUCCAGCAAUACACACUACAACAACAUGGAGAGCGCUGAGCAACAUACAGAUACAGUUGCUUCUGUCAGUGAUGAUGAGUUCUGAGUUUUGCUGUAUUCAGGGAUUUAAUGUCCUAUAGGUUUUUUUGUUACCAAUUGAGUGUUUUUACAGGGAAAUGUAAUAUUUGGAGUUUUAAAAGCAUAGUUUUGUAAUUUGGUUGUGUUUUCCAUGUUUUUGCAAGCUCAAGUGUGGUGUAGGCCCAU